AGAAAAAGUACAAUGUGAAGAGUUGGACAUUUCUGAAUUGUGAUUUUCUGUCAAAUUUUACUUUCACACAUGCACCAAGAGAUUUUGUGUGCACAUGAAACCAGGAAAUAUGCGUGGAUUCCAGUAAAGCAAAAAUUCCUUUUAACUUGUUACACGAGCAUUUACAGUUCCAUACUGCUGUAGUUUGGUUCUACACGGGAGAAAACAAGUUGUUUAGUUGUCAAAGCAGCUUCAGUCAGAGACCUCUACUGAAGAAGAACACUCUGAUAGCUGAGAUGAUGGAGACGCUGCAGAAGACGUCCCUACAAACGGCUGCUGUGGAGUGUGAUGUUUGCACUACAGAGAAGAACAGAGCUGUAAAGUCCUGUCUGCAGUGCUUGGCCUCCUUCUGUCAAACUCACCUGCAGCUUCACUAUGAAUCUCCUGCGUUUAUGAAGCACAAACUAGUUGAAGCUUCCAGAAACAUUCAGGAGAACAUCUGCCUCAGUCAUGGGAAUCUUCAGGAGAUUUACUGCCAGUAUGAUCGUCAGUGCAUUUGUUGUUUGUGUGUGACUGACAAUCAUAAAAACCACAAUGUGGUGUCUAUGGGUUCAGAAUGGACUAGUAAAAAGAUAGAGUUAAAGAAGAUAAAGGUGGCGUGUCAGAAGCUGAUCCAGGAGCGAGAGAGAGUUCAGCAGGAAAUUAGUGAAGCUGUGAAGUCUUUUAAAAGUUCAGCACUAGAGACCAUGGAGGACAUUGAGAAGGUCUUCACUGAGCUCAUCUGCUCUCUUGAGAAGAAACGCUCUGAGAUUAAAGAGCAGAUCAGAGCUCAGGAGAAGACUGAGAUAGAUCGAGCAGAGGAACUUCACAAACAUCUGGAUCAAGAGCUGACAGAACUCAGAAAAAGACAAGCAGAGAUUGAGAAACUUCUGAAUACUGAUGAUCAGAUCCAUUGUGUGAAGAGCUUUCAGUCUGUGUGUGUUUUACCUUCAUUUGAAGACGUUCCCAGCUUCACUCAACACACUCGUCUGUCUUUUAAAGACAUUUCAAUCUCAGCAUUUAAGGAGGUUUUGGAGGACAUCUAUCAACAACAAACAGCCAGAAUAUCACGAGAAGUGUCAAAUGUCCAUGUUACAAAUCCUCCAGAACCAAAGACGCAAAAUGAUUUUUUGCAGUAUUUCUGUGAACUUCACCUGGAUCUAAACACUGCAAACAAAAACCUCAAACUGUCAGAAGAGAGCGGAAAAAUAUCAUGCUCUGAUAAAGUUUAUCGAUAUCAUGAUCACCCAGAGCGAUUUGAUGAGUUUCCCUACAUCUUGUGUCGAGAGGGUUUGUACGGUCGCUGUUACUGGGAGGUGGAGUGCAGUGGCAAAAAUUGGGCUGUAGCAGUUUGUUACAAAGGAAUUGGACGUAAAGGAAGAAGUGAUGAAUCCAAACUUGGGUUGAACAAAAUAUCUUGGAGAUUGGGCUAUUAUCUGCAGAAUUUCAGUUUCAUUCAUGAUAAAGCACAGGUCCGUGUCCCUGUUGUCUCUAGAAUAGGAGUGUAUCUGGAUUACAGAGCAGGAACUCUGUCCUUCUACAGCGUCUCUGACACAAUGACUCUCCUUCACAGAGUCCAGACCACUUUCACUGAACCCUUAUACCCUGCUUUUUUUGCUGCGCUGAGUUCGUCUGUCAGAAUCAUAGAGCAUAGGAAAGUUUAAAAAGACCAAAUGUAAAAGCAGAAUUUAUAGCAAAGUUAUACACUGCGUUCCAAAUUAUUAUGCAAGAGGCAAAUCAGUAAGAUUUCUGUACAAAGCUUUUACAUUCACCAAAAACAGCGGAUUAUCUGUGAAUCCCAGCUGUCU